ACAGCAGCACACCUGAUAAUACUGACUGACUGACUGACUGCUAGUGAUCCGCCAUCAUCCUCAUUUAACUCACGGGAUAAACCGAAACUCACAUUAACACUUCAAAACCUCUUUGCAUUUAUCAAACGGGAUUUUUCAGUGGAUGAUAGCUUUUGGUUGCUGUUUAAUCGCUGGGAGGGAUUACUUUUAGCACAUAAGGAAAACUUUACCACAGUAUUUUAAAGUCGCAUCCCUCCAUUUUGAGUCUGCCUGCCUGGAAUCCCGAGAGUUUGAAACUCGGAGAAACAUGACAAGCAUAAAUACUGCGAACAUCAACUUCAAAUGGGAUCCCAAGAGCCUGGAGAUCCGCACGCUGGCUGUGGAAAGACUGUUAGAGCCCCUGGUCACCCAGGUAACCACACUUGUGAACUCCAGCAAUAAAGGACCAUCCAACAAGAAAAAGGGGCGCUCCAAGAAGGCUCAUGUUCUGGCAGCUUCUGUGGAGACGGCCACCCUGAACUUCCUGGAGAAAGGAGAGAGGAUCGCUAAAGAGAGCCAGUUCCUGAAGGAAGAGCUGACCGCAGCUGUGGAAGAUGUCCGCAAGCAAGGAGAAUCCAUGAAGUUGGCAUCAGGAGAGUUUGCAGAGGAUCCUUGUUCUUCAGUGAAGAGAGGCAAUAUGGUGCGUGCUGCACGUGCACUUCUGUCUGCUGUCACUCAUUUGCUUGUGCUGGCUGAUAUGGCAGAUGUAUACCAACUCCUGCUUCAGCUCAAACUGGUAGAGGAGAACCUGGUGAAUGUGCGUAACGCUGGCACUGAGCAGGAACUGGGCAUUCAGUACAAAGCUCUGAAGCCGGAGGUGGACAAACUGAACAUGAUGGCAGCCAAGAGACAGCAGGAGCUCAAGGACGUCCAUCACAAAGACCAAAUGGCAGCGGCCCGUGGCGUCCUUCAGAGGAACGUUCCCAUGCUGUACACUGCAUCACGCGCUUGCCUGCAGCACCCAGAUGUGGCUGCCUACAAGGCCAACCGGGACCUCAUCUACAAACAACUGCAAAAUGCUGUCUCUGGCAUAUCUAAUGCAGCCCAGGCUACCAGCAGCGAGGACUCCGGCUUCUCUCAUCCGGCAGGAGGAGGAGAGCUUGCCGAUGCCCUUAACAACUUCGAUAAGCAGAUCAUCGUGGACCCGCUGAAUUUCAGCGAGGAGAGGUUUCGGCCCUCUCUGGAGGAGCGUCUGGAGAGCAUUAUAAGUGGCGCCGCCCUCAUGGCCGACUCCUCCUGUACACGUGAUGACCGUCGCGAGCGCAUCGUGGCUGAAUGUAACUCUGUCCGUCAGGCCCUGCAGGAUCUGCUCUCUGAGUACAUGGGCAAUGCUGGACGGAAGGAGAAAAGCGAUGCCCUCAACACGGCCAUUGACAGGAUGACUAAGAAGACCCGUGACCUGCGCAGACAGCUUCGUAAGGCUGUGAUGGACCAUGUGUCAGACUCUUUUCUGGAGACCAAUGUUCCUCUGCUGGUGUUGAUCGAGGCUGCCAAGAAUGGUAAUGAAAAGGAGGUGAAGGAAUAUGCCCAAGUUUUCCGCGAGCACGCCAACAAACUGAUUGAGGUGGCCAACCUUGCAUGCUCCAUCUCCAAUAAUGAGGAAGGAGUGAAGCUGGUGCGGAUGGCCGCUUCCCAGCUGGAAACGCUCUGCCCUCAGGUGAUUAAUGCAGCCCUGGCCCUUGCCGCCAAACCGAACAGCAAGGUGGCCCAGGAUAACAUGGAUUUGUUUAAGGACCAUUGGGAGAAACAGGUGCGAGUUCUUACCGACGCAGUGGAUGACAUCACGUCCAUUGACGACUUUCUAUGCGUGUCCGAAAAUCACAUUCUGGAGGAUGUUAACAAGUGUGUCAUCGCCCUACAAGAGAAGGACGUCGAUGGGCUCGAUCGCACCGCCGGGGCUAUUCGUGGAAGAGCUGCACGUGUGGUCCACGUGGUCACCUCUGAGAUGGACAACUAUGAACCUGGAGUCUACACCGAGAAGGUCCUGGAGGCCACCAGGCUUCUCACUGAUACAGUGAUGCCGCGUUUCACCGAGCAGGUAGAGGCGGCCGUGGAGGCUCUGAGCUCAAAUUCUGGACAGCCGGUGGAUGAGAACGAGUUCAUCGAUGCUUCACGACUGGUCUAUGAUGGUGUGAGGGACAUCAGGAAGGCUGUUCUCAUGAUCAGGACCCCAGAGGAGCUGGAUGAUUCGGACUUUGAGACGGAUGACUUUGAUAAUCGCAGCAGGACCAGCGUACAGACGGAAGAUGAUCAGCUCAUUGCUGGACAGAGCGCUCGGGCAAUCAUGGCUCAGUUACCCCAGGAGCAGAAGGCGAAGAUUGCAGAACAGGUGGCCAGUUUCCAGGAGGAAAAGAGCAAACUGGACGCCGAGGUGUCCAAGUGGGAUGACAGCGGUAAUGACAUCAUCGUUCUGGCCAAGCAGAUGUGUAUGAUUAUGAUGGAGAUGACUGACUUCACCAGGGGUAAAGGACCACUCAAAAACACUUCAGAUGUGAUCAGUGCUGCAAAGAAGAUUGCUGAAGCCGGCUCAAGAAUGGACAAGCUGGGCCGUGCAAUAGCAGAUCAAUGUCCAGAUUCAGCGUGUAAGCAGGAUCUGUUGGCGUAUCUGCAGCGUAUCGCCCUGUACUGUCACCAGCUGAAUAUCUGCAGUAAAGUCAAAGCUGAAGUGCAGAAUCUGGGAGGAGAGCUGGUAGUUUCUGGGGUGGACAGCGCCAUGUCUCUGAUUCAGGCAGCCAAGAAUCUGAUGAAUGCUGUGGUGUCCACCGUCAAAGCCUCAUACGUGGCCUCCACCAAAUACCAGAAGAGUCAAGGAAUGCAGAAUCUCAACAUGCCCGCCAUCUCCUGGAAGAUGAAAGCUCCUGAGAAGAAACCUCUGGUCAAGCGUGAGAAGCAAGAUGAUGGGCAGCCCAACAAAGUCAAGCGCUCCUCACAAAAGAAGCACGUCAACCCCGUGCAAGCUCUCAGCGAGUUCAAAGCUAUGGAUAGUAUUUAAGCAGCCCUUGAUUAUACUUCUAAUAAUGUAGAUGGUUACAAUCAGAUCUAGUGAGUAUAUACCGUAAUAAACGCAUUCCCGAACGUAAGGUCACAAACCUGCCUUUAUCCGUACACACAGUGAUUGUGCCGAGUGCACUAAGGUCUAUAAUAUAGCAAUCCAUAUAUUCUUUAGCUAUGAAUGCUCAAUCUUUACACAUUUAAGGCCUCACUCAUUUCUGAAGACCCUUUUGCUAAAUAUAUGACUAUUGUGUAUUUUUAAGUGAAUUUUACAAGAUGACUUUAUAUUUCAUACUUUUCCACGCCUAUGCAAGCUUUGACUGUAACACAUGCAAUAUUGGGUGUUUUGGGUUUAAAUAUAUGAAAGAGAACGGGCGUUUAUAAUUUAGUCUCAAGACCAAAGUCAUUGUAUUUGCUGUGCCUAAUAAACCUUCAGAUAACUUUUUGUUUUAGCCUUUGAUUAACAACAGUAGCGUUUUUGUGAAUCUUUAUAAAUGUUUUUUAUCUGAAAUAAAAUCUCGUUUUGCCGUAAUUGCCGUACGUUAAUAACUUUCAUUUAUGAGAUGAGAAAUGGAUGCUCAGUCGCUGGACUCUCCAGUAAUCUCGAGGUUCAGUCGGGAAAAAGCUGGAGAUCCCUAGUGAGUUUAAAUCUCACGGCGUGUAAGCCUCUGUUCUCCUCUCUCUCUCCUCACCCACUUCUCCGUGACUUAGACACUGAUUAAAUAAAUCAACACAUCUCUUAUUGGAAGAAAGAAGUGCUUGAAGAGGAAGAGAAAUCUUCGGGUAAAUGGGUGUGGAUGGGCUGGGCCAGAAGUCUGCACGCUGCCAAGCACCAUCAAGGAUAAAUGAGUUCAGCUAACCCGAACAACACCCUGAAUGAGCUUCCAAAUCACAGCAAUCAAUAUUCCUCAUAACGCCGCCCGCCAUCAUCGUCUUAGCUCAUGAUUUUAUCAGCAUGUCUAUUGCAGUAGGUGAGAGAGAGAGAGAAAUAUUUCUGGGCACUUUGUGUAUCGUUUCUCUUGAGAUGAAUUGAUUCUUAAUUGCGAACGAUGCACGAUGCCUGAAAUGGAGUUGCUGUGAAGUUGACUGGUCAAAAGGGAUAAAGCUUUAGGCAUUAGUCAGAGCUGUGGGUGGUAAAGUGAUGCUUGCUCAACAUGCAUAUGCAUGAAUGUGUGACGCUUUGAUGUUGCCCAACGCCACUUCCAGUCUGAUCCCAGCUCAAACUCUUUAACUUGUUUUCUGCAUUAUAAACCAGUGGUGUAUUAGAUGACAUGACCCGUGACAUGUUUUUGAUGAUUGUUUUUUUUACUCAUUUGUCACAGGCUUUUACUAUUUUAGUGCUGGUUUGGGAUGAUUAUUAAUAUUUGAUUUCAUUUUUCAGUAGUUUGCUACAGUUUGGUGUUUCUGUACUUUGUUUGGUGUUGCAUUAAUGCUUUUGGAGUAAACUUUACUGAUUGCUGUUGUACACAUUUGUGUUUUUGUUAAAAUAAAAAUUUAUAAAGUUA